GAAACGCCAUCAUCUGGAAAACCACCCCCAAAGAGAAGAUGUUUCCAGCCCUCAACAGACAACUCAUCACGUGAUGAACCUCCACUAAUGGAUUCUGAAACUGAAGUAGAUAUUGUGCCUCCACAGAAAUGUGAUGUUGGUACUCAGUGGCCAGAUGCUGUUGACCAUAACAAUUGUUCACACAAGUCAAAAAAAGAUGCACAAACUGAUCAUACACCGUCGCUGUCAGCUUGCAACUUAGAUGACAAAAUGUCAAAGUUUUACACCGGCCUAGCUAUUGACAGUUUUUGGAAACUUUUGUACACCAUCAUGGCUUUUCUCCCACUGGCCAAAGUUUCCAAAUUGGCAGUGCAUGACCAACUAUUACUAGUUUUAUUGAGGCUUUGUCUUGGUUUGAUGUUCACAGACUUAAGUAUACGAUUUGGGAUAAGCAGGACCACAGCCUGUGAUAUCUUCACAAUGUGGAGACCAGUACUUGCAAAUUUCAUGAGAGACAAAGUUAUUGCUUGGCUGCCUCGAGAUACUCUGAAAAGAAUAAGACCCCAGAGCUUUAUUGAACACUAUCCUACCGCAACAUGUAUAAUGUGUAAUGUAUAA